AUGGCACUGCAAUCAAGACUACACCGCGCCCUCGACCUGCUCAAAUCCAUGAGCAGGCCAUCCCCAACAGUCUCCAUCGAGAUUGAUAACCAUCAGCAUGGCCUGGAAAUUACCUAUACCACAUUUGACCGGAUCCAAGGAACGGUAAUCAUUACUGUGGACUCUGAGACCCCACUCGAGAAUAUCAGCAUAACUUUUGAAGGCACCGCCAAGGUAUCCAUCGGGCGAGCGACCUGUACCCUUAGCAACUCUGAAGCUAUGCAGACAUUUCUGCAACUCAAACAACCUGUUGCACGAGGCAUAGAUGCAGUGCCGAAAGUACUCCAGCCAGGAUGCUCUUACAAACUUCCCUUCACCUUUGUCGUUCCUCAAUAUCUACCUUGUCAAUCAUGCAAUCACAAUAUCAGCUGCUCUGACUUCAAACGAGCCCAUCUUCAGUUACCCCCGACGCUCGACGAUCCCAGACUUGGACGUGAAAAAAAACCAACCCUGGAUUAUGUUUCCUCAGGAAAGUGCUGCAUAUCAUACCGUGUGCGCGUGGUUAUUUCAAAGGCGUUUAUACCUGGGAGUAGAAGACCCAGUCGGCUUGUGGACUGUGCUAAGAGUGUGCGGGUUCUUCCCACCGCUAUACCUGCACCACAUUUGAGUCUACCAAUUGCCAUCCCAGACAUCCGUACACGGAUAAAACAAAGUCUUAGCCAGGGGUUUACGCAGCCUGGGUUGGGGGAGCUAAUAACGGAAGCCUCCUCUCCACUUUCGGUGCAACAUCCCCUCGAAAAAACUGGCUUGCAUACUGCCGUGCGUCUCACUUUGCGCUUCAAUCCUCUCAUAGACAGAGCACCUCCACAGUUAAGAAAGGCAACAGCCAAACUUCAAGUUUCCACAUUCUACAGCCUUACUCCAUGGGAGGAUUACCCAUCGUGGGACGACCGCGGACUCGCUAAUGGAUGGGACCGGGGAGCGUUAACUGAAACCUUUCCCCUAAUGACGUUUUCGAUGGGGUUUCUCCAGUGGGCGAAGCAUCACGAGGUGGCUAGCGAGCACCGAACUCGAGGGCUGGAUGAACCAGCAUUGUCUAGCUACUACACUGCGUCUAUUGUUUUGCCUAUCGUCUUCCCACCACGCGGGAUUCCGACACCGACCUUCCACUCUUGUUUAAUCUCGCGCACUUACAGCAUUAACCUUCGCCUUUCUUUCCAUACACCUGGAACAGCUCUAAAGAAUGCCAGUGCUACAAUCAAGAUACCCUUUAUGUUGCAGUACGCACCCCAUGAUCGCUCUGACGGCUUAGGCUAUGAGGACACAUACCAGUCAGAUUCCACGGUUAUGGAUGAUCACCCACCACCGGAAUAUACUCCCAGCGUGAGGUUCGCGUGA